AUGGCGGUGCCCUGGGAGGAGCAUUUCCGACCGGCCCUGCAAGAGAAACUGCGUGCGAAGUUCCCGGAGCAAAGUGUGGACCGCUUCCCGCCAGUGCUGCAUCUCCUGGAGAAGAGACAGGAGCUGGCAGACAUGGACCGGGGCCUGCAGGCUCAGAAGGAGGUGUUCCAGAAGGCAAGGCUGGCGCUGAAACAGCGCUGGGAAGAGUUGGAACAGAAGGAGCAGGAGCUUAAGGGGUCCUUUGUCCGCUUUGACAAAUUCCUGCAGGACACGGAGGCCCGGCGCGGCCGAGCCCUGCGGAGGGCGGCCGAGGAGCGGUUCCAGGCGGACCGCCGGGAGGCGGAGGCGCUGCGGCUUCGCGCGCAGCUAGAGCAGCUGCAGCGGGAGCGCGCGCGCCUGCAGCGCCGGCUGGAGCGCCUGGAGCCCUGCGCGCGCCUGCUGGGGAGAGCGCUGGAGCAGUUGCCGGAGUUUCAGGAGGUCCCCGAGCUGGUGGCGCGCUUCGACCGCCUGGCGGAUAUGCGGGCGGCGCUGAGGCUCACGGAGCGCCAGCUGCUGGCUGCCCUGGAGGAGGCGCGCGCCCAGCUGCAGCGGCUGCGGGACACCCGGCAAGGGGAGCUGCUGGGGCAGGGCCAGCGGCGGGUGCAGCUGCUGGAGCGCCUGGAGGCUGCGAGGGAGCGCGCCCUGCGCUGGGAAUCCAAGUGGAUUCAGAUCCAGAACACAGCGGCUGAGAAGACCCUCCUCCUGGGACGCACUAGAAUGGCAGCGCUCAACUUGUUCCAGCUUGUGUGCCGGCACAAGGCGCACCCACCUGCCCUGGACAUCGAGGACACGGAGGGGCAGCUGGAGCAGGUGAAGCUGUUCAUUCUGGACCUAUCCGCCAUGGUGUCUGGUUUCAGUCAGGCCGAGCCCACACCUGCCUGCCAGCCCUGA